GAUAAUUCACGAGCCUCAGCUUCAUUCGCAUUGCGUGCUUCUGCCUUCCUGAGCCAUCGCCCCAAGCCGAGGAAAUGACGCCGCAGGAGAUACCCCAACAGCCUCCUAGCGAGGCGGAUUCCAAGUCCAUACCUUCCCGGUUCGUCGAAUUAUUGAAGUUCCUUACGACCAUCAAGGGAGACCUCGCCAACAUCACAGCGCCGCCAUUUUUCUUGGCUCCGUCCUCCACUGUCGAAAACCCCCAAUGUUGGGCUCAGCGGCCAUGUGUUUUCACAGCCCCAGCUUUGGAGGAAGACCCUCAAAAGCGCAGCCUUUUAGUGCUGCGAAUGUUUCUCAUUGGCCUCCGUAACCAGCUCUAUGUCGCCGGCGCACCGAACCUCAGCAUCAAGAAACCACUAAAUGCAUUCCUUGGAGAAUUAUACCUGGCAUCCUGGACUGACCCUGCUGGUAAAGCUAGGACGCGGAUGGUGGCAGAGCAAGUCAGUCAUCAUCCACCGAUUACGGCAAUGCAUAUUUCGAGUCCAGAGCACGGUAUUCGGACAGACGGCUACGCGCGAGUUGAAAUGACAUUCUCUGGAACAGUCAAUGUCCGCCAGAUCGGUCACGCCAUACUACACAUCGACAGAUUUGAUGAAGAUUACCUACUGCCGCUACCAGACGUCCAGGUUCGGGGCUUUUUAUCCGCCUGCCUGUAUCCUGAGACUUUGGGUUCGUCCAAGAUUAUCUCAAGCACGGGUUUUAUUUCCGAGAUUAAGUUCUUGAGAAAAGGCUUUUUCCGAGGUAAGAAGAACUACUUUGAAGCACGGGUAUAUCACCAGGACGACCCAAAGAAUAGUUGCAGGUACGAGAUAGCAGGGAUCUGGAGUGAGAGCUGGGAGGUCAAGGACGGGCGUACAGGAGAGAUCUUGGAGACAUACAAUGUCGAUGCCGUCGAGAAUAUACCAGCGCCCAAGGAUGCCGAAUGUGUUGAGGACCAAGACCCAUGGGAGUCGCGGCGCGCUUGGAAGGAUGUCAUCUGCGGGAUUGAUAAAGGUGACUUGUGGGUCGCAUCCGCUGCAAAGCAUAAAUUAGAAGAGGCGCAGCGGAAGAUGAGACUUGAGGAGAAAAAGAGAGAGGAGUCGUGGGAGCCGCUAUUCUUCUCCAGCGUGCCUGAGAAUCAGCAUGAGGUCUUUCAUCAAUUGGCAGAGGGCACCGCAUUUUCAUUGUCGGGCUCAGAGACAAAGGGUGUCUGGAGGAUCAAGGAUGAGCGACUGGACACGAUUCAGAAGCCCUUUAGAGGAAAUCUGACUCCCUUUGGCUGAGAUACACCCCAAAAUCUUACGCAAGAAGCCUUUCCUCUAGAAUAAUUUUCUGUCCUUAAUCAGAGAAGAACCUUUAUGCGGUAUAUAUAAGUUUUCCAAAUAAUUGAAGAGGCUAGACCCUAGAACUUAACCCACUAGAGCAUGACAUGACCGUCUAUUUCAUCAGGAAUAGAACAAGUUUCC